AUGGCGUCCCAUAUUCCAGCAUUCCACCCGGCUAUCAUGCCGUACAGAUCCAACAUCAAGGAAUACAGUAGAGACCACCGAGCCUGGAUCCAGGAUGGCAAGAAGUUUCACGGCGUCAAGUCCCACAAGGCCUUUAUCUGGCCCAAGGAUGGCAGGAACGGAUCCAAGUGGGGCCGCAUGAAGGACAUACUGCAAGACAAAGGUCCUGACAUCCACAUUGCUAUCAGCGCCGACAAAAUGGACCAUAUGAAGAAUCGACAACACAAGUCACGCUGGGCUGACUGGACUUGCCUCGAUAACCGCGACAGGGAUGUUUCGAUGUCGCCAAUCAAGUAUGCCUCCUGGACACACAACAAUGCGCUUGGUGGACGCGCUCCCGGGCUGAGCUACGACUUCCGCACUCGAAAGUAUGGCAAAGCAGACAAGCACACUUGGACGGAUGUCAAGUGGCAGCCGGAUCCCAACGGGAAACGUCUGUACCCAGAAGCUUUCCGGUCUUUUUAUGGCGACUGGUACCAGGACAACGACUACAUUCCUUUGAUCAGACAUUAUCCGCAUCUUGCACAUCCUGGAUAUUUCGGAUAUAUCUCCUAG